AUGAAUCAAGAUCAAGAGUUUGAUGAGAUAGAAGAUGAUGGAAUUUGUCGUACGCCAACAAUGAAAUAUUUUCAAAAGAAAAAAGCUGCUUCAUUGGAUUCUGAUAAUCAUCACCAGCAUCAUCAUCACCAUCAUCAAAAUGUCAUUGGUGGUGGUAAUAAAAGUUGUGCGACUGGAAAUGGUGGCAAGUUGAACAGUUCAAUAUCAGUGCCAUCAACACCGAAACAUUUGAUAGCAGCAAAUAAACUUAAAAUAUCAUAUGAUGGUGGUUCACGUCAUAAUAAUAAGAAAUUGGGAAGUUUUGAAGAGAGCAAUAGCACAGACUCAAAGAAACAUCAUUUAUCGACAACAUCACAAGUUGGUGGAAGGACAAAUUUUACAGCAUCGAUACAAACACUUAAUGUGAGUUCAAGUAAUUUAAAAACAUUGCCGGAAAUUAUGAGCAUAACUGAUUUCGAUGGAAACCAAUCGCCAUCGAAAGGACCGUUAAGAAUCGGUCCACCAAGUGGCAUUGCACCAUCAAAGAGUGGAAUCCUUCAAAGACGUGGAUCAAAUCACAGCUUAACAUUGAAUAUUGAUGGAAGUUGUGGAAAUUUAGCGCGCGGUUUAAGUAGCAGUAAUUAUAGUUUGGGAAAUAUUCAUGGAUCACAUUUAAGUAUUGCUGGAUCGAAUUCUAAUUUACCAAAUCGUGUGUCAAUUGUUAAGAAAAAUCUUCUCCAAAGACGAGGUUCAAAUACAAGCUUAACACUAAAUAUUCAAGAGCCGAGAAAUAAUUUAAAUCGAUUCAAUAGUCACAGCUCUCUAAACAUUGGUGGAUCCAGAAAAGGCUUACUUGAGAGACGAAACUCAAAUACAAGUUUAACGCUCAACAUACAAAAUCGUGGAUUAUCGAUCAGUAAUUGUAACUUAAGGGGAUCUGAGUGCAGCUUAAGUAGCGUUAAUACAAAUCAAAUGGCAGAAAUGAUGAUGAUGGAACAAGAAGCUGAACAGGAAGCAGAAGAACAAGCUGCGAAGGAACGCGAAAAUUCAUCAUCGAAAAGAGAUCAAAGAAAGUUUCUCAGUUCAGAAAAUCUUCAUAAACUCUCAGCACAAUCGCGUGUUACAAUUGGAGCUGGUCAUCAUGAAGCGAGUCAUCAUCCAACACCUUUUGGUUCCAGUGAUAAUUUAAAACAUACGCCAACAUAUCAAGAGAAGUUGACUGUCAUUACAACACAACCAUUAAGUCCACAAAGUACAUCAGAAGAUUUUAAAUGUUAUUUGGCGAAUAUUCAACUUUUACAGAACGCUUCGAGUGUUUUAAACGCAGAACAUUUGAAGACACUUCAUGGUUUAUUUCAGAAAUCUUAUAAGAAUCGAUCGAGAAUUUAUUUCAAUGAACCUUUUAUGGGGCCAUUUAGUAACGAUGAUUUUUUGAGUAGCCGUUUGGGACCGAUAAGCUUCUUCAGCUCGUCACCAAAUGAAAGCCAAAAAGAGCUUCUCAUUAAAGUUCAUCAGGAGUUUUGGCAUUUACCGACAAACUAUCAAGAUAAACCAAUGAUUUUUGGAACACAUGCUAAGAAUCGUUACAAAACAAUUCUACCGAACGAACAUUCACGAGUUAUUUUACAUAAAGAAGAAGGAUGUGAUCAAGAACCUUACAUCAAUGCUAACUACAUAAAGGGUCCUGAUUACUCAACUGACAGAUACAUCGCGACACAAGGUCCAAUGGAGAACACGGUUUAUGAAUUCUGGAUUAUGAUAUUACAAAAUAUUCAGAAACAUAAUGGCGAAGGCAUUCAGAAAAUGAUCAUGCUGACUGAUUUCCUUGAAACUAAUCGACAUAAAUGUGAAGUUUAUUUUCCAACAAAGCUUGAUGAUCAUGUGAUUUUCACGAAUACUGAGAAGAAGGAAGAUGAAGAUGUUGUGAAGGAGAAUCUUGAGAAGAUCUUUGAUCCAGGAAAAGAUGAAAUUGAUGAUGAAGAAGGAGCAGCAAAAGAUGUGUCAAAGAUUAAGUUUCACUUUUUUGCAGUGAAGAAUAUUGCGGUGUGUGAAAAGGAUGGAUAUUCUAUAAGAAAGUUGAAAAUUCAUUACGGUGACAAUUUAAUGAAGAAUAUUUAUCGGUGUGAUUUAUAUCAUUAUUGGUUCCGUGAUUGGCCCGAUCAUCGUUCUCCUAAAAACAUUGAUGUGUUGAUUGAUAUGAGUCUCGAUUAUUUGGAUAGAAAUUGUGUAAAAGAUUUUGAUGAAACAGCCGACGAGAAUGCUUGGAAAAAUGGAAAGCAUCCACUACCGAUCAUACAUUGUUCAGCUGGCAUUGGACGUACUGGAUGUUUUGCUGGAAUACUCAAUGCUUUGGGACAAAUUCGUGCAAAUCCCGAUGAUAUUGCAGUUGAUGUGCUUGGAAUUGUUUGCAACUUACGUCUUAAUCGAGGUGGUAUGGUGCAGAAUAGCGAGCAGUAUGAAUUAAUUCAUCGGACAAUCUGUCUAUAUCAUCAUAGAAUCAGUCAAAAAUGAAUGUUUAUUCAAAAUGAAAACAAAAUUUAAAAUUUUCCGACAUUUUAUAUGAAAUACUUUUUAAUAUUUCUUUAACUAACAUUUUGAACGAAUAAAUUUCAAAAAUAUUAUUAAAUGAAAUAGAAAUUCAUGGAGUUUUAACCUUAACUCCAAUCCAAAUUCAUCGUCGUUCUUAAUCAGAAACGAAAAAGGAAAUUAUAUUAAAAAAAAUAUAGUGAAAAUUAUCGUUGAAUCGUAGCCAAAUGAUCAUGAAAAACUCCCAUUGUUUGAAAAUUCAUAAGACAAAAUGGAAAUUGAAAAAUUUAAUAAAUAAUAAUGUGGUUCAAGGAUUAUCAUAAUAAUGGAAAGUUGUUACUUUAAGUUCAGGGAAAUUUAUAAUUUUUAAAAUCACUUAACUGUUUUUUUAAAUGAAAAUCAUUAAUCAUGUUGAAAAAAAGAAACUUUUUUAUUAUUUAGCUU